AUGACGCAGCGAGACGUACAGAACCACGUCCUCUUCGAAGUGGCAACAGAGGUCGCUAAUAAAGUCGGCGGCAUCUACUCCGUGCUCAAGUCAAAGGCCCCCGUCACAGCAGCAGAGUACCCCUACAACCGCUACUGUGCAAUCGGCCGUCUCCACUCACUCAACCAAAAUCUCAUUGAAGUCGAGGAACUCCCCACCGACAACCAACCAGCCCUCCAUGCAACCCUCAAGGCCAUGUCCUCACGUGGUGUCAAGUACCUCUAUGGACGCUGGCUUAUCGAAGGUGCACCUCGAGUCCUCCUCUUUGAACUCCAAGGCGCCUGGCAGUGGCUGAAUGAAUGGAAAGCCGACCUAUGGGCUACGGCAGGCAUCCCUGCACCAGAUGGUGAUUCGGAAACCAAUGAAACCAUCCUUUUUGGAUACCUCGUUGCUUGGUUCCUCGGCGAAUUUGCAUCUCAGGAAAAAGAACGUGCCAUUGUCGCUCAUUUCCAUGAAUGGCUUGCAGGUGUUGCCUUGCCACUCUGCAGGAAACGUCGUAUCGAUGUCACCACCAUCUUCACCACGCAUGCAACGUUGCUCGGUCGAUACUUGUGUGCUGGUAGCGUCGAUUUCUACAACAAUCUGCAGCAUUUCGAUGUUGAUCAUGAAGCUGGUAAACGCGGCAUCUACCACCGUUACUGUAUCGAGCGUGCUGCUGCUCAUGCUGCAGAUGUCUUCACCACCGUCUCGCACAUCACGGCGUAUGAGUCGGAACAUCUCCUCAAGCGUAAACCAGACGGUGUCUUACCAAACGGUAUGAAUGUCGUUAAAUUCAGCGCCAUGCAUGAAUUCCAAAACCUCCAUCAAACGGCAAAAUCCAAAAUCAACGAUUUCGUGCGUGGCCACUUUUAUGGACACUAUGACUUUGAUUUGGAUAAUACGCUGUACUUCUUUACGGCAGGUCGGUAUGAGUACCGCAACAAGGGCGUUGACAUGUUUAUUGAAUCUAUGGCACGUCUCAACCAUCAAAUGAAAGUCUCUGGCUCCAAGCAAACCGUUGUGGCAUUCAUCAUUAUGCCUGCUGCAACCACCUCCUACUCGGUUGAAGCACUCAAGGGACAAGCCGUCACCAAAGCAUUGGAAGCAACUGUUGAGCAAAUUCAAAAAGAUAUGGGUCGUCGUCUCUUUGAUCGAGCAACACGAUAUACGGGUAAGCCAGGCACUGAAGUGCCUGAUGCCUCGGAACUCAUGACACCACAGGAGAAGAUUCUCCUUAAACGUCGUGUGUAUGCACUCAAGCGAGACUCCCUCCCACCGGUUGUCACGCACAACAUGGCAAAUGACGCAGAAGAUCCAAUUCUUGCACAAAUCCGACGUGUGCAUCUCUUCAACCACUCAAGCGAUCGUGUCAAGAUCAUCUUCCACCCAGAAUUCUUGAAUGCCAAUAAUCCACUCUUGUCAUUGGAUUAUGAUGACUUUGUUCGAGGUUGUCAUAUGGGUGUCUUUCCAUCUUACUAUGAACCUUGGGGCUAUACACCUGCUGAGUGUACCGUCAUGGGUGUCCCCUCCAUCACGACCAACUUGUCUGGUUUCGGUUGUUACAUGGAAGAUUUGAUUGAAAACCCAUCCGACUACGGCAUCUACAUUGUCGAUCGUCGUAUGAAGUCAGUGGAUGAAUCACUCAAUCAACUCACAGAUGUCAUGUUCAACUUUACAAAGAAAUCUCGCAGGCAACGCAUCAACCAACGAAACCGUUGUGAACGACUCUCUGACUUUUUGGAUUGGAAACGUAUGGGUCUGGAGUAUAUGAAGGCGCGUCAACUUGCCCUUCGACGAGCGUAUCCUUCGAGUUUCGCUGAAGAAGAUGGAGGUGCCGAACAGACUGAAGGCGGUGAUGCCUUUGUUUCAACAAACAUCAAAGUCCCACGUCCUCUCUCAGCACCUGGCUCGCCACGUUUCAGGCAUGGUGCCAUGACACCCGGUGAUCUGGGUUCCUUGCAGGAAGGUCUUCAGGGUCUCAACACGGAAGAUUACAUCAGUUAUAAACUCACUGGACCAACAGGUGUCAGUGCAGCUGAUGAAGAGGAUGAGCAAGAGCAUGCUUAUCCGUUUCCCUUGACAUUGAGGAACAUGCCGGCGCAGAAAUUGACGAAUGGUGAGACGUUGGAUAAGUUGGGACCUGUCACGCCUGCGUUGCCGGGAAUGAGUUCCAACUAG